GUUCCCAUCAUUCCUUGCUGCGAGCUCUCUGCACCAGUCAAGAUGGCGGACAGAGCAGUUUCCAUAGCUGAAAAGCGACUGAGGGACGUGAAACUGGCUGAGCUGGGAAGCUGGCUUGGAAGUCGAGACUUCACCCCCAAUGGCAUCAUCUCGUCCAUCCGCAGGGGCCACGACGCAUACUACAACAAGUACAUUAAUGUGAAGAAGGGAGGCAUCGGUGGUGUAGCUAUGGUUCUGGCUGGCUACGUGGUCCUCAGCUACGUGUGGGGAUUCGACCACAUCAAACAUGAUCGCUGGAGGAAGUAUCACUAAGGCCCUUCAGCAGUCAUCAGACCUUCAGGGGUUGAACUUGAAUAUCUUUGUUCCCCCUACUCUUUCUACUCUCAGCUCUCUGUGUCGAAUAUUGUCUGUCGUGACCAAUAAAAAUUAAGAUUUAUUGAUGAA